CCGCGGCAGGCAGGCGAGCAGGCAGGGCCGCCUUUGAUGUGGGCUGGGCGCACCCAGGCUAGCUGAACGCCCGUCCGGCCGCGCCCCGAGGGGGGAGCCCCCAGGCCCCGCAUCCUCAUUGUGCCGGCUCGGGCCCGGGCCCGCCCCCGGCCCCCCGCCCCCUUGCCGCCCGCGCGUAGAAAACGCCCCGGCCGCCGCCAGUGGUGGGAGGCGGCGAUGCGCACGGCCGGAGAGACGCGGAGGAGGAGACAUGAGCCGACGGGCGCCCAGACGGAGCGGCCGUGACGCUUUCGCGCUGCAGCCGCGCGCCCCGACCCCGGAGCGCUGACCCCUGGCCCCACGCAGCUCCGCGCCCGGGCCGGAGAGCGCAACUCGGCUUCCAGACCUGCCGCGCAUGCUGUCCCCGGACUAAGCCGGGCAGCCAGCCUCCCACGGACGCCCGGACGGCCAGCCGGCCAGCAGUGAGCAAGCUUCCCCGCACCGGCCAGGCGCCUCCUGCACAGCGGCUGCCGCCCCGCAGCCCCUGCGCCAGCCCGGAGGGCGCAGCGCUCGGGAGGAGCCGCGCGGGGCGCUGAUGCCGCAGGGCGCGCCGCGGAGCGCCCCGGAGCAGCAGAGUCUGCAGCAGCAGCAGCCGGCGAGGAGGGAGCAGCAGCAGCGGCGGCGGCGGCGGCGGCGGCGGCGGAGGCGCCCGGUCCCGGCCGCGCGGAGCGGACAUGUGCAGGCUGGGCUAGGAGCCGCCGCCUCCCUCCCGCCCAGCGAUGUAUUCAGCGCCCUCCGCCUGCACUUGCCUGUGUUUACACUUCCUGCUGCUGUGCUUCCAGGUACAGGUGCUGGUUGCCGAGGAGAACGUGGACUUCCGCAUCCACGUGGAGAACCAGACGCGGGCUCGGGACGAUGUGAGCCGUAAGCAGCUGCGGCUGUACCAGCUCUACAGCCGGACCAGUGGAAAACACAUCCAGGUCCUGGGCCGCAGGAUCAGUGCCCGCGGCGAGGAUGGGGACAAGUAUGCCCAGCUCCUAGUGGAGACAGACACCUUCGGUAGUCAAGUCCGGAUCAAGGGCAAGGAGACGGAAUUCUACCUGUGCAUGAACCGCAAAGGCAAGCUCGUGGGGAAGCCUGAUGGCACCAGCAAGGAGUGUGUGUUCAUCGAGAAGGUUCUGGAGAACAACUACACGGCCCUGAUGUCGGCUAAGUACUCCGGCUGGUACGUGGGCUUCACCAAGAAGGGGCGGCCGCGGAAGGGCCCCAAGACCCGGGAGAACCAGCAGGACGUGCAUUUCAUGAAGCGCUACCCCAAGGGGCAGCCGGAGCUUCAGAAGCCCUUCAAGUACACGACGGUGACCAAGAGGUCCCGUCGGAUCCGGCCCACACACCCCGCCUAGGCCACUCCGCCGCGGCCCGUCAGGUCGCCCUGGCCACACUCACCCUCCCAGAGAACUGCAUCAGAGGAAUAUUUUUACAUGAAAAAUAAGGAAGAAGCUCUAUUUUUGUACAUUGUGUUUAAAAGAAGACAAAAACUGAACCAAAACUCUUGGGGGGAGGGGUGAUAAGGAUUUUAUUGUUGACUUGAAACCCCCGAUGACAAAAGACUCACGCAAAGGGACUGUAGUCAACCCACAGGUGCUUGUCUCUCUAGGAACAGACAACUCUAAACUCGUCCCCAGAGGAGGACUUGAAUGAGGAAACCAACACUUCGAGAAACCAAAGUCCUUUUUCCCAAAGGUUCUGAAAGGAAAAAAAAAAAAAAAAAAAAAAAGAAAAA